GUAAUUGUCUCUUCCUCUCCGCCGUCGGCACACUAUCGCACGGCAGAGAAAGCGGUCGACUGGGAAAUGGCGGACGGCGUGGACCACAUCGAUAUCUACGCCGAUGUGGAGGAGGAAUUUAACCAGGAGGCAGAAUAUCCUGUCCACGAGCAGAUCGACCUGUACGAUGAUGUCAUCUCCCCAUCAGCCAACAACGGCGAUGCUCCAGAAGACCGUGACUACCUGGACUCACUACCUGCACCAGGCGGCGGAGAAGGAGGAAAGAGUGCCCAACCCAAUGUGGUUUACACCUACACAGGCAAGAGGAUCGCCCUCUACAUUGGAAACCUCACUUGGUGGACAACAGAUGAGGACCUGACAGAAGCCAUCAGGACGAUAGGCAUCACAGAUGUGUUGGAGAUUAAGUUCUUUGAGAACAGAGCCAAUGGGCAGUCCAAAGGGUUUGCACUGGUGUGUGUAGGCUCUGAGGCAUCUUCCAGGAAGUUAAUGGAGAUGCUCUCAAAACGGGAGCUCCAUGGCCAGAAUCCCAUUGUCACACCAUGCAACAAACAGUCCCUUAGCCAGUUUGAGAUGCAGUCACGCAAAAGUACCCAGUCAGGCCAGAUGUCCGGGGAAGGUAAGGCAGGCCCGCCCGGCAUCGGCCCACGUGGUUUUCCCAUGGGUCGAGGCAGAGGCAGGUUCCCUGGACCCCCUGGCCCUGGAGGAGACCGCUUCCCCGGUCCCAUUGGCCCUGGUGGGCCACCGCCACACUUCCCUGGCUCGGGGAUGAGACCAGAUCUGAUUAGGCACCAAGAUGGCCCUCUGAUGGAUAUGGGUUUCAAUCCCUUCCCGCCAGGGGGGAGGGACGGGAGCUGGCGACCCAGAGGUGGCAUGCAAGGACCACCUCGUCCACCUCCUGGCCCCCCAGGUCCUCCAGGUCCUCCAGGCCCUCCACCUCCUGGCCAGGGCCUCCCCCCUCCACUUUCUGCUCCACCUAACCGUGGCGACCGCCCCCCUCCCCCUGUUCUCUUCCCUGGUCAGUUUGGCCAGCCACCAAUGGGACCCUUGCCCCCUGGCCCCCCUCCCCCAGGCUAUGGCCCUCCCCCAGGUCCCCCACCUCCUCAACAAGGCCCCCCACCACCAGGGCCAUUCCCUCCUCGUCCCCCAGGUCCCAUUGGGCCUCCCAUGGCUCUGGCUCCACCUCCCCACAUGCCUGGGCCCCCACCAGGUGGGCCCCCACCUGCCCCUCACGUCAAUCCAGCCUUCUUCCCACCGCCUGGCAACAACAACAUGCCCCCCAACGACAGCCGAGGACCCCCCGGACCAAACGACCCAUAUGGGCGCCCGCCACCUUAUGAGAGGGGAGAAUAUGGCCCUGGUGGACGGGAGAUGGAGGCGUCGCGCACCCCUCUGAGUGAGGCCGAAUUUGAGGAGAUCAUGAAUAGGAACAGAGCUAUUUCCUCAAGCGCCAUAUCUAGAGCUGUGUCUGACGCAAGCGCUGCUGAUUAUGGCAGUGCUAUAGAGACUUUGGUGACUGCCAUAAGCCUAAUAAAGCAGUCUAAGGUGUCAGCUGAUGACCGCUGUAAGGUCCUCAUCAGUUCCCUGCAAGACUGCCUCCAUGGUAUUGAGUCCAAGAGCUACGGCUCCGCCUCCAGGCGUGAGCGAUCCAGGGAACGUGAUCACAGUCGAUCCAGAGAGAAGAGCCGGCGCCACAAGUCCCGGAGCCGUGACCGGCAUGAGGACUAUUACCGAGAACGCAGUCGGGAGCGUGACCGCCAUCGUGAGAGGGACCGGGACCGAGACCGGGAGAGGGAGAGGGAGAGAGAGUACCGGCACCGCUAAACCAGAGGGAAGUGGAGCUAACAAGGGUCAAGAAAGGAAAGAAUAAGGAGGAAGGAUUUCAGUGUGACACCACCGCCCAGUACUCCACUCCGCAUGGCGAGACAGGACUGCAGCCAGCACCUCUACUUCCAUCUCUCCUUUCUUCUUCCUCCUCCUCCACCCAUCCUCCUUUCUCUGUCUGUCCACCUUGUCUGCCUGGCUAAGAACAGAGGAUGGAAGGCCCUCACUUGUGUAAGGCUUUAUCUAAAUGUCUGUAGUCAUGGUAACUAAAUAUUCAACAACAAAAAAUGUCAAAAAAAAAAUCUUAUUUUUACAUUUUAUUUGAUAUAAAAAAAAAUAAACACGAGUACCUGUGUGAUGCUUUCUCGCAACAUAACUUGAAAAUUAAUUUGCCUGCACGAUCCCCAAAGUAGAGAAAGGACACCCAACAGCAACAGGUUGGCUCACUGUACUGCGUACAUUUAUCAGUUUAGAAAUCGUUUUUAUAGGGUACUUGUAUCUUAUCUCUCCCAUUCCCAUUUCUUCUUUUCAUGGUUAGGAUAAUGUUUGUGAAUGUUUUUUUUUCCUUUCCUUUUUUGCUUUUGAUGGUUAAAACUAGAUUGUGUUGUAAUAAAACAUGUUUACCGAGGUCCACUCUUCAUAUGGUGAAUUUCUCUUCAUGCUCGGCUCAUUUAUAUUAAAUGU